AUGGAUAUGUCGAAAGACUGGAUGGAUACACCACGUCAUGAGAAAGAAUAUCAAGUUGGUGUAGAAAGAUUUUUACACUUUGCUUUCUCAUCAAAGGGAGUUCUUCAAGGGGAAGAACUUCAAUGUCCAUGUGCAAAGUGUUGUAAUAAACUUUGGUUAAAGAGAGAUGACGUAUAUGAUCAUCUAAUAUGCCACGGUUUUGUAAAAGGUUAUAGGCGGUGGUUUAAUCAUGGGGAAUCACUUUUUGCUAUGGAUAUUGACAGUGACAUAGGCGGGGCAUAUAACUGCAAUGAUAAUAUUGAUGAGUUGUUACGUGAUAGAUUUCGAGAUAAUACACAAGUUGACGGACAAAACAUGGGGCCUAACGAAUGUGCAAAGGAAUUCUAUAAAUUGGUAGACGAGGCAAGCCAAGAACUAUACCCCGGGUAUAAAGGAUUCACAAGAUUAUCCUUUACCCUUCGUCUUUUCUUGUUAAAAUGCUUGCAUGGUUGGAGUAAUGCGUCAUUUACUUCUCUCUUGGAAUUAUUGAAAGAAGCAAUGCCAUAUUUGAAUAUUCCUAUUUCUGUUGAUAAAACCAAGAAUAUGGUGAAGAACUUGGGUCAUGACUACCAAAAGAUCGAUGCAUGUCGCAAUGACUGCAUGUUGUAUCAGAACGGGAAUAAGAAUGACUCAUCUUGUCAUGUCUGUGGAACAUCCCGUUAUAUUGAGAAUCAUGAAGAAGAUGAUGAUGUUACCUCAUCUAGAAAGCCUCGCAAAGUUGCUGCAAAAACUUUAAAGCAUUUCCCUUUGAUUCCCAGACUUCAACGACUUUUUAUGUGCACAAGAACUGUCGAAGCUAUGUCUUGGCAUCACAAUGAGCGUGUUAAAGACAGGUCCUUAAGGCAUCCUACCGAUGGUGAAUCUUGGAAAGCAUUUGACAAUCGACAUGAAGAUUUUGCAAAGGAGCCUCGUAAUGUGAGACUUGGGUUAGCAAGCGACGGAUUCAAUCCAUUCCGAACUUUGAGCAGUACACACAGUACAUGGCCUGUUGUUCUGAUGGUGUAUAAUCUAUCCCCUUGGAUGAGCAUGAAGCCUAAUUAUUUUAUGCUAUCUUUACUCAUUCCUGGACCACAAUCACUGGGAAAUGACAUUGAUGUCUAUCUUCAACCGUUGAUUGAAGAAUUAAAAGAAUUAUGGGAGUCAGGUGUCGAAACAUAUUAUUCAAAAGAAAACAAAACAUUCAACAUAAGAGCAUGCCUUUUGUGGACAAUUAAUGAGUUCCCGGCGUAUGCUAUAUUAUCUGGGUGGAGUAUAAAGGGAAAAUUAGCUUGUCCAUGUUGUAAUGAUGAGACUUCUUCUAUCUAUCUGAAACAUAGUCACAAGACUGUUUAUAUGGAUCACCGAAGGUUUUUACCCAUGAAUCAUCCAUGGAGGCAUAACAAAAGAUCUUUCAAUGGAAAAACUGAACUCAGGUCUCCACUACAGUUGUUAGAAGGUUUAAUAUAUUGCAAGAGAUACAACCUUGAUGUCAUGCACAUAGAGAAGAAUAUAGUUGAUAGCAUAAUUAGAACUCUUUUAGAUAUUCCCGGAAAGACAAAAGAUCAUGCAGCUGCUCAUUUUGACCUUAAAAACAUGGCUAUUAGGAAAAACCUUCAACCAAAAGAUACAAAAGAUGGGAAAAAAACUAAGUUAGCAAAGGCAUGCUUUUCAAUGACUCCAGCAGAGAAAAUAAUCUUUUGUAGUGUGUUGAAAGCGGCAAAAUUACCAGACGGUAGCACUUCCAAUAUUGCUUGA